UUGAACGAUUUCGUGUAAACCGGCUUGAUGUGUGAAUGCAAUCCCUAUUUAUCGUUUCUCGCUGUAUAGUUUUGUUCGUUCACUCGGUGUCAGGGCUGGAUUUUAGUGUGGGGCUCCAGUCGGGGGACCAUACGGACAUCCGGUUUGCUAUCGGUUUCUUGGAAUGACUAGGAAUGACCAAGCCUCUUAGUGUUAUUCUUGUGACGUGUGGCAGUCGCGGAGACAGGCUACUGUUUCGUUAUCCGUACGAGUUUGUCAGUUGGUCGUUUGAGAAGGGACAGAGCACCCAAAGGAAUCUAUUUGCUGCAGGUGAAAAUGCACAGAGUGACCAGACGAGAGUUUGUAGCUCAAAUUUGGAGUUGUCAGAAUAUCCAGAUGAUGUACUGGCUGGUUUGUUAACACCCAAAUUAGCGAUGUGUGGUCAGAAGUUCCAACUUGCAGUAGACAACCUCACAUUUGUCGGAUAUCCUUCAUUUGCACGACGAGUCGCAAAGCAAGACUCCAAUCGUUGUUGCCAGGGCGAUAACGCAAAGUCUCUGUUUCAGUUUAAUGUCGUAUUUGCAUUGCCUACUAAUGCUACUAGUUGUGUUAUUGCUGCUUAUCAUGAUUUGGUGAAACGUUUGGCUAUUGGAAUGGCCCAUGAAGAAAGAAGAUGUAGUUUUCUCAGCGAAGAAACGGCAGUCAUGUUGGCAGCGCAUGAAAGAGAAGCAGCAAGAAUUCAUGAUGAACAGACAAGAGGGGAAGCAGGAUCAUUUGUGUCUCAUAAAAGUCCUUUUGCUGUUAUUCUUGAGAAGAGUCAGUUAGCUCAACUGUUGAAGCACUUGUAUAAAAGUUUGCACGGUUUUGGUCAAGUGAGUUUGCUGAUCAACAACUGGAUUCACAUCAGCUUCAUUCUACCAUCUGUCAGAUCACCUUUGGACCUGCAACAUUCUUCUGCUGUGGGAUUUUCUAAUGCUGACUAUUUGCUAAAUUGUGAUAUCAGGCCUUAUCAUGCCAUUCUAUUAAUGGAGGAUCAGGACAGUCUUUGUUCAUCUCUUCCUGAAGACUCUUCGCCGUGUCUUAAACGUUUGAUUCAACUGUGUUCUCCUCUGAAGAGUUUACAGACUUUAUCAGGAGAUACAGACUUGUCUCUUUGUCAGGUGUUUGAGUUGACAGCCCACCUUGUGUACUGGCGUAAAGCUAUGACUAUAUAUCCUCUGUCAGAAAGCAAUGUUUAUGUGUUGGCACCUGAUGCGGAUACAUCCAGAAUGUCAGACUUGGUGAAAGAAUUUGUGCAAAAGUUUCCAGGAAUGUAUCUUCCUGUUUGGUUGUCACAAUUCUCACUGCCUACUCCACUAGGUGAACAUCAAAAUCCACUAGGAGAGAGUGAAAAACAGAAUGAGAAACUUGUGCAGAUGGUUGUAUGGAUGCUACAGCACAGAUUACUCAUUCAGCUUCACACAUAUGUCUACCUUGCACCAAUGGGUAUAAAUUUAAGCGAAGUUGAAGAGUCUCUUUCACCUAUGAGCAUGUUGGGGUCAAGGACGACUAGCUUUGCACGUAGUAGUUUCGACUCCAGUUUUAUAGACUCAGACAAAUCAAUGGCAGACAAUGCAGGAAUGUCACCGAGACAGUAUCACUAUCUGCGGAGAUUUAGUAUUGCCAGUAUGAGUGAUCACAGUAGUAUAGCUGAUGGUGACAUCGGAGAGACAGAAGAGGAUCCUUUGAUAAACUUGGAUCCAGCACUGAGAGAUGCAGUGCAUCAAGUCGAGGCAUCAAAAGAUAUCAACGACCUCAAACUGUUUGCAAGAUUGUGUGGAUAUUUUGAUGGAAAGUAUCAUCUAGAAGAAAUCAUGUAUCGCGAGAACAUCACCAGAUCUCAGCUUCUAACAGUAAUAGACAAAUUUGGAGAAGUCCUUAUAACGUGUACACACGCAGAGAUGAAUAAAUGA